UUGAGUAUUACCAAGUAUUACGCUCGGGGGCACACAGUGAAUUGAACACCGAUCGAGGAACAUUCAAGUUUCAUCCCCUGUCCUUGUCUCCAGAACACAACGGAAAUGGCUGCACCACCGGAAGGUGUCAUCGAUCCACCCCUUAAUGAUCCAGUCACAAAGGCAGUUGUUGAUAAUAUUAUGGGUAAUUUACCCACUAAAAAGCCAUUAGUUAGGUGCAAUGAUUGUGACCUAUGCUUCACCAGUCAGACUGUUCUGGACGCACAUUUGCAGGGGGCUCGACAUGCCAAACAGAUAAGAUCGAAAGUUAUAAUGGCAACCCUCGAAGAGACUAAAGUGGCAUUCACGAAGGACCAAGAGGCAAACGGACUCAAGUGCAACGUCUGCAAUGUUUGUCUGAAUUCGAUACAACAGCUUCAAACGCAUCUGAAUGGGAAUCGUCACAAGAAGAAAGUGAUGAAAGGUGCGUGGACCGGGACUGAUGAGGAUGAGGUCAAGGAGACUGCAGCCCCUGAACCAGUGCCAGCCCCAACUUCCACGAAAGGGGGUCUACUCUCUUGCGAGGCUUGCAACAAAUUCUUCAAUUCAAAGGCUCAAUAUGAUGUCCACAUUGCCUCCAAGAAACACACACAAAAAAUGAGUCGUUCAGGUCCACUGAAGGCGAAGAGGAGACGUUUCACUCCGUACAAGAGAAAAAUAAAGCCAAACAGAAAUGGAGCAGCUCAGAUGCAUCUAUCCAACAGCUUUGUGUCUGGUGGAUAUGUGUAUAAUUAGUAGGGUCAAUCCAUAGACAUUAAAUUCAUGUGCAACAGAUGAAUUUAAGCAAAGAUCUGCGGAAAAUCGAUGUUAUUUCGAGAAUAGUUGAUUGGAGUUUUACUCAGGAUAUUCUAUUCGCAGAUCUCGAUCGAGUGCUUGGUAUGCAGCAAGUGUCAGACUGAAAAUAAUAAGAUAAUACUUUAAUUCAACUUUUGAAUUCAAUCGCAUUUGACAAUUAGUCGAGAGUUUGACCGGUGUCAAACGAUUCGAAGCAAAUGUCCAAUUUCAAUUAAUUAAUUAAUUAAUUAAUCAAUUGGUUACUAUGUGUGAAUUAAGUGUAAUUGAGUGAUUCAAUUUCAUUGAUAUUAUUCAUUAAAUAAUCUAAUUGAA